AUGUAUAAUUCCAAUGAAUUCUUGCACAGUGCUGGGGUCAGCCGACACAUGCAAGCGACUGGCGAAACCCCUUCGCAAAAGACCAGCAUGAAACGUCGAUCAUGCGAGGUACCUCUUGGAGAUAUAUCUGCUAAUAACUUCAAAGUAUCUCUGAGUGAUUUGACUGGGGAAGGACCUAGUUAUGACUGCCGAUCGCUGCGGUCUAUCAAGUCCGAAGACACCAGAUCAGUUCGCAGCUAUCGGCCUAUUGACAGCCGUAGUUACAAAAACUUCAGGUCCUCUCUAGCUGAUAUUUCCGGGUAUUCAUUGUCAAGGCCUCCAAGCUAUGAUCAACUGUCGAGAAGGUCUUUGGUCGAAGGUCCUGAUGGACAAGGUAUUACCUCAAGUAUUGAGGGGGUGCUGUGGUCGGAUGAGGAAGAGACGGAGUACUUCUAUCAGGAGAAUAUUACGGCGGCUUGGAAUCAAGGUAAGAGAAUAGAAUGA